CGCAGUCCCGUCUGUCUGCCUGUCUGUGUGUCUGUCGGAGCGGCAGACAGGAGACGAGAGAAGAAGAAGAAAGAAAGAGAAGAAGAGGAGGAGGAGGAGGAGGAGGACGAGGAGGAAUAAGUGCGUUCGGAGUUGCUCGGUAGUUUUCCUUCGCGCUCCGGAGGGUCUCGGUGUGGACAUGGAGCGGACUGGAACUUUCCGUCUCUCCGCGGCACUCUUACUGGUUUCACUGGGACUAACGGGCGCGCGGGCCGACACCUUCAAAGCCUGUCUGUCUGGUCAGUCUCCAGACUGCACUCUGGUACAGUCCAAAGAGGACGACUUCGACUGGGAACAAGGAGACACCCGAGACCGGCUGGCUAGCAACCCCUGGAUCCCCGCAGGUUCCUCCUUCCUGUUUGUGAACACAUCAGGUCGUUAUGGAGGUCAGCGCGCUCAGCUGCUGCUGCCGCCGCUCAAGGAAAACGAUACGCACUGUGUCAGCUUCCUGUUUUACCAGGCGGGAGGCCGCGAGGGCGCCACACCCGCAACACUCAACAUCUACAUCAAAGAGAACAACAGUCCUCUGGGUGUUCCUGUCUUCAACUCGUCAGGCCCCGCCUACCAUAUUUGGAAAGGGGUGGAGCUUGCCGUGUCCACCUUCUGGCCCAAUUACUACCAGGUGGUGUUCGAGGCGGUCAGCACUGGUCAGAGAGGAGUCCUGGCCAUCAAGGACAUCACACUGCAGGGACACCAGUGCAUGAGCACACCUCACUUCCUGCACAUCAAAGGCGUGGAGGUGAACGCGGGACAGACGGCGACGUUUCACUGUACCAUUAAUGGACGACCGCAGAGCAACCUGCUGCUCUACCUGCAGGGCAUGGGCGGUCGUCAGGCAGUCGUCAGGGAAACUAAACCAGUGAACUCUCGGCGUUACGUGGCGAGUUUUGACGUGGAGAACACGACGAAGGGCGACUCCGGACGCUAUCGCUGCAUCGUCCAAUCCGAGCGAGGCGUGGGCGUGUCCUCCUACGCUGACCUGACGGUUAAACAACCUCCAGUACCGAUUGCCCCUCCUCAGCUGACAGCAGUGGGCGCCACCUACCUGUGGAUCCAACUCAACGCCAACUCCAUAAAUGGAGAUGGACCAAUCAUUGAGAGAGAGGUGGAGUACCGUACGAUGUCGGGCAUGCUGAUCGACACCAUGCCUGUCGAUAAGCCCACUCACAAGAUAGGACACCUGGACCCCGACACUGAGUACGAGAUCAGCGUGCUGCUCACCAGGCCCCUGGAUGGAGGCACCGGAAACCCCGGACCACCUCUAAGAGCCAGAACCAAGUGUGCAGAUCCGAUGCACGGCCCGCGGCGUCUCGAGGUCGUCGACAUUCAGUCCAAACAGGUGACGAUACGGUGGGAACCUUUCGGCUACAACGUGACCCGCUGCCACAGCUACAACCUGACUGUGCAGUACCGCUACAGACCUGCGGGGGCGCCCAGCAGGGAGCCAGUGAAGGAGGAGGUGCGGGAGGAAGUGGUGUACGACACCCUGAGCGCCGUACCACAGCACGCCGUGCGUAGCCUUCCGCCGUUCACCAACGUCAGCCUGAGACUCGUCCUGAGUAACCCCGAGGGACGCAAGGAGAGCGAGGAGCUGCUGGUGCUGACGGACGAGGACGUUCCCGGAGCCGUUCCGGUGGAGUCCAUCCUGGGCAGCAGCUACGAGCAGCAGAUCAGUCUGAGCUGGAGAGAACCGCUGCAGACCUACGGCCUCAUCCGGCAGUACGAGAUCUCCUACAAAGCCCUGAGCUCCUUCGACACAGAGUUUGACCUGUCCAAUCAGAGCGGCAAGGUGUUCAAAGCGGCCAAUGAGACGAGCCACAUUUUCACCGGCCUUUACCCGGGCUCCACCUACUCCUUCACAAUAAGAGCCUCAACCAUCAAAGGCUUCGGCCCUCCAGUCAUUACCCAGUUCACCACCAAGAUCUCAGCUCCUCUGAUGCCGGCGUAUGAUCAGGAGUCUCCUCUCAAUCAGACCGACUCAACCGUCACCGUCCUGCUGAAACCAGCUCAGAGCCGAGGAGCUCCAGUCAGUAAAUACCAGGUGGUGGUGGAGGAGGAGCGCCCCCGCAGGCAGAGGAGAGGUGCUGCAGAGAUCCUGCGCUGUUAUCCGGUGCCCAUUCACUUCCAGAACGCCACGCUGUUCGACUCGCAGUAUUACUUCAGUGCCGAGCUGCCGAUGAGCGAGCUGAGAGCGCCGAUGCCCUUCUGCGUCGGUGAUAACAGGACCUACAGUGGUUACUGGAACACCCCCCUGCUGCCUCAUAAGAGUUAUGGGAUCUACUACCAGGCUGUCAGCACCGCUAACGGGGAGACAAAGAUCGACUGCGUGCGCGUGGCCACUAAAGCUGCUAUAAUCGUCACCCAGCUCACCACGCCGUACAUUCGCAUCGCGCCGGCGGCUGGCGACAAGCAGCUAACAGGAGCUGCGACCAGGAAACCAGAACCAGAACAGGAGAAACCGUCAGAUCACACGGUGAAGAUCGCUGGAUCCAUCGCCGGCAUCCUGCUCUUCAUCAUCAUCUUCCUUGGAGUCAUCCUGCUGAUGAAGAAACGACGAAGAACUUAUCACUCCUACACUUACUACCUGAAGCUGGCGAAGAAGAGGAAGGAAACUCUGAGCUCCAGACAGGAAAUGACUCUGAUGGUCAACAACUCCCAACACACAACAAUGGUGGACACACACACGCACACACUGAACGGACGCACUGUGUCGUCUCCGUCCUCCUUCACCCUGAAGACAAACACCAUCAGCACCACCGUCCCCAACUCCUACUAUCCAGAUCCCUUCGUACCGACGGCCAUUCUGGAUGACAGCCACACUAUGACCAGCGAAACCAGUAGCCUGGUCCAGUCCCACUAUAAGCAGCGGGAGUCGGAGCGGGAAGCGUUGCCCUAUCAGACGGGUCAGCUGCACCCAGCCAUCCGAGUGGCCGACCUGCUGCAACACAUCACGCAGAUGAAGUGUGCCGAAGGUUACGGCUUCAAGGAGGAGUAUGAGAGUUUUUUCGAGGGACAGUCCGCUCCGUGGGAUUCAGCCAAAAAGGACGAGAACCGCAUGAAGAAUCGCUAUGGAAACAUCAUCGCCUAUGACCACUCGCGUGUGCGUCUGCAACCUCAGGACGGAGAGAGCGGCUCCGACUACAUCAACGCCAACUAUGUCGACGGCUACCACAGACCCAACCACUACAUCGCCACCCAAGGUCCGAUGCAGGAGACUGUGUAUGAUUUCUGGCGGAUGGUUUGGCAGGAGAAUACCGCCGCCAUCGUCAUGGUAACCAACCUGGUGGAGGUUGGGCGGGUGAAGUGUUGUAAGUACUGGCCAGACGAUACAGAGAUCUACGGCGACAUGAAGGUGACGCUGAUCGAGACUCAGCUGCUGUCAGAGUAUGUGAUCCGCACCUUCGCUGUGGAGAAGAGGGGUGUGGCAGAGAUCAGGGAGAUCCGUCAGUUUCAUUUCACCGGUUGGCCCGAUCACGGUGUGCCGCUUCAUGCCACCGGUCUACUGGGCUUCAUCCGCCGCGUCAAAGCCAAAACGCCACCAACCGCUGGCCCCACAGUGGUCCACUGCAGUGCGGGGGCGGGUCGUACAGGUUGUUUCAUAGUGAUUGACAUCAUGCUGGACAUGGCAGAGAGAGAGGGCGUGGUCGACAUCUACAACUGCGUCAGAGAACUAAGAGCACGAAGGGUUAACAUGGUCCAAACUGAGGAGCAGUAUGUCUUCAUCCAUGACGCCAUCUUGGAGGCGUGUCUCUGCGGUGACACUGCCAUUCCAGCCAAUCAGCUGCGGUCAGUUUACUAUGAGAUGAACCGAUUGGAUCCUCAGACCAACUCCAGUCAGAUUAAAGAGGAGUUCAGGACUCUGAACAUGGUGACGCCUACGCUGCGGGUGGAGGACUGCAGCAUCGCUCUGUUGCCUAGAAACCACGAGAAGAACCGCUGCAUGGACGUGUUGCCUCCGGACCGCUGCCUGCCGUUCCUCAUCACCAUCGACGGAGAGAGCUCCAACUACAUCAACGCUGCACUGAUGGACAGCUACAAGCAGCCGUCAGCGUUCAUCGUUACCCAGCAUCCUUUGCCUAACACAGUUAAGGACUUCUGGCGCCUCGUCCUCGAUUAUCACUGCACAUCCAUCGUCAUGCUGAACGACGUCGACCCUGCACAGCUCUGUCCUCAGUACUGGCCGGAGAAUGGCCUCCAUCGUCUCGGCUCCCUGCAGGUGGAGUUCGUCUCUGCAGAUCUGGAGGAGGACGUAAUCAGCCGCAUCUUCAGGAUCUACAACACGGCCAGGCCCCAGGAUGGGUACCGCAUGGUGCAGCAGUUCCAGUUCUUGGGCUGGCCGAUGUACCGGGACACGCCCGUCUCCAAGCGCUCCUUCCUCAAACUGGUUCACCAGGUGGACAAAUGGCAGGAGGAGUACGACGGAGGAGAGGGACGCACUGUGGUCCACUGCCUUAAUGGAGGAGGUCGCAGUGGUGUUUUCUGCAGUAUCAGUAUCGUGUGUGAGAUGUUGCGACAGCAGCGCUGCGUCGACGUUUUCCACGCCGUCAAAACGCUGAGAAACAACAAGCCAAACAUGGUGGACCUGCUGGAACAGUAUAAAUUCUGUUAUGAAGUUGCUCUGGAGUAUCUCAACUCUGCUUAGCCUCAACAACAGACGCUCCUUCAUCUUCCUCUUCGUCCCUCAGUGAUAACACUGCGCACAGUCUGACAAGAGGAAGAGGAGGGAGAGGAGGUCUACUACUGACUGAAGGAGGAGAGGAAGCAGUGAGGAGGAUGUUUUUGCACUGCCUUGUUUGACUGCGAGCAUGGACUCACCUCGUUACUCACCGUGUGUCACUUCGUUGUGCUGAACCUCGUUUUUUAUUGUUUUUGUCGUGUUGAUGAAACUAAAGGAACCAAAACGACGUCACACCUGAAGAGAGAAGCUUCAGUGCAUCGUGGUGGAGCAUCAGGGGACAGACUCAGAUCUACCUGAACUCACCUGUCCUGAUGCACUCAAACUCACCGUCUCUUCAUCCCCGUUUCUUUGUGUUUCCUCUUCAAGAACCAAAGCGGUGGUUGGUUUUCAGGCAGAUAACUUCACAGCGUCAGUCGCUUCCCAAAGCACACGGCUGCAUGUCACCCAGCGAACAACUCCUGUGUAUAUAAAGUGAAUUAAGAAGAAACUGGAGACUUUCUCUCAUAAUUACAUUAAACACGACGUCUCCAGCUUUUUCUGUCUCAUAAUCAUCAGAAAAGAUCUCAUGAUGACAAGGACACAUUUAAAAAUGGCUUUGACCCUCACAUGAAUGGGGAAAUGGUUGUCAGUGAUGUAAACACAGAGGCUGCACUGGGCUGACUGGGAACACUGGUAUGGUCGUUUAAAGAGCGUGAUGGCGCCCAGCGGCAGGAUGAGACGUAAAGAAAAUCAAUUCACACGUGGAGUCGAAACAGUAAAUUCUCUGAAUGAGUAUUUUCAUCUUUUCAUCAGCCUCAACGGGACGAUUUCAGAUUUUAAACAACGUCACAUCUGAUUGGUCGCAGAGCAACAUGACAUCAGAGCUAAUUGAGUCCCUGUCAGAUUUAAAUUAGAUCUGAAAUAAUCAGUAGAUUAAUCAACAGAACGCAUCACCAACUGUUCUGAUAACUGACCGUUCACCAAACCCCCGCCCAAACAGCGACUGUCCACCGUCACCUUGUGAGUGACGCUUGAGUACUGGAGGUACUGAAGUACUUUGUUCAUUUAGUACACAGUAUGCAGUACUGACUGUAGCAGGCAGUAAGUUAGUAGGUGAUUUCAAACAGUCUGUUCAUCUCCUCUGACGCAUGCUGCUAAUAUUAGCACGUCUGGCUAACUACCUCGUGUUACUGCCAAGCCUGGGAGGUAGCAUAUCGUUAGCUUAGCAAAACGCUGUUCACUGGUAGCACGUCAACUGUGUGAGAUGCUAUUAAAUUGUAUGCUAAUGUUAGCAGCUCUAUCCUGAUAUUUAUUUGACUCUUUACACUCCAACAACUCCAGACAAAGUUGUGUUUGAUAGCAUGUUUGAUCAGUUAGUCCUGAUCCUAAAACUCUUUGUCCCUGAAUGUUAGACUGAAAUCAGUCUUAUAUUUCAGACUGUUUGUCGUUAUUUCCAUGUCUUCAACUUCACUCGUCAACUUGACAACGAUCGCUGUUUACCUUGGACCUGUUAGCGUUAGCCUCAUUCUGUUAGCAUAUUAUCAUGUGUGUAGCCUCCAAAUGCGUUUUGUUUCUUUAUUCACAAGGACAAUUUACAUUAAUCUACAUUUCUGUGGAUGUGCCAGCUAGCUGGCUAAUUUUCAACCUCAUCCUUCAGAAAGAUUUUCUCACCAGCGAUCGUUGCACAGUAAGAUGCUAAAAUCACAACAAAUGUGACAAAGUCAGGAUGCACAAGAUGGUCCACAAAUCAAAGCCAGCAACAGGAGCAGUCAGACCCUUUAAUUUGUUAAAAUGAGCUCGCUGGAAACAUUCAAAAGUCAGGAGGAGGAUAACUUUAGUGUAGUUAGCUAGCAAGCUAGCAUCUAAAUCUGUCAGUGACAUGUGCAACAGUAACUGGGGGGGCUUUGAGAACGGUCUGUUGCAGAACAUUUUGUUUUGGUGCAACAUUUGCAUGUGGGGAGGCGAGCCCUGGCAUUAAAAUAAAAACUCAAUCUAAAGUCAACGGAACUCUAAAGAAGGGUAGCAGAGCUCGCUUGUUUAUGUUCGAACCAUCAGGGACCACGUUGGGCUAACUGAAAUAGCAUAAGUCAGUGUGUAGGCUGCUGGUGUUGUAGUGAGAGGGAUUCUGAUACACACAGAUAGUGGAAGAGUCUGCCACUGGCCGCCUCACGUAGGCCAGGCUUAUUCCCACAGUCUACAUCAAGCGACUCCAGCUUCAUAGAGACACAGCUGAGUGUCAUCAGCAUAAAGGAUGUGACUAAGGGCAGCGAACAGGAAGAACCUCAUGGAACACUGUAUAUUAAAGGUGAUGCUGAUGAAAUGUGGUUUUUAAUGAGGACAGGACGAUCGGUCACUAACACACAGUUCCAGAUAUCACAGCUGGAGCCAUCAAACCGACAGUUCAUUGAAUUUUUAAUAAACUGAUUUCAAUCCUGAUGAAUGAACAUCAUCUCUGCUGAGCUCGACGGUUCAUUCUCAACCUCAGCUCAAGGUCCACUUACCAGUGUUUGUUCCAGAACUUUCAGCCAUAUCUCAGGUUGAGUUUCUGCAGUUGCCAGUUUGAAUGUCAGUAUUUCCAUGGCAACUAUUCAAACUCAAUCUGCUGAUGAAGACUGCGUGAUAUGGUCAAGAGCACUGGAAAAAUCAAGAAGGAGCCUUGAGCUGAGGUUGUUUUGUCGUCUGUUUUUUUGUCUUUCCACUGAGAAACAUGAAGAUACAUAACAACACGCAGAUGUUUGUGUUGGAGACACUGUCUGUCCACACGUCUGUCUUCUUCAGUGGUGUUUCAUCUUUGCUGGACCAGAAAUGUUGUCUUUAAUUUGGGUAAAUCCAGAAUGAUCCCAAAUGUUUCACCCUGAUCCCCUUCAGGUUGCGGGUCUGUCUUUCUGUUCGUUGUCAGGUUUUGUUCUGUUUGUCUUCUCCUCAGCAGCUGGAUGAUGCUGGUCGGUGGUUUUGUUCUGGACAGAGAUUGAAGUGAGCUGUUAAUAAUGUAAAUAAAGCAGGAGGAAGCAGGAAGAAGAAUAUUUAUUCCUUCAGUUGUUCUCAGUGUUGAUGUUGUCAUCGUCGUUCUCGUGAAGCACACAGACAGAGACAAUCAUGUUGGACGAUUUUAAUGUUCCUCCGUCAGAACCACGAUCAGACCAGGAAACAACCAAACCCUGUUCCGGUGUGACCCUGUUAUAUACGGCUCUGGGCUGUCUAACGCUGGUUAUGUAUGGUUGUGGUUUUGAUCGAACCCCGUUAACGUAUGGCUCUGGUGCUGAUGAGAACAUUAUUGUAAUGAAAGCUUUUAUUUAUGUUGUAUGAUUCCAAAAUACUACAAAUAAAAAUCUGUAUACACUCUU